GCCUGUAGAGAGUUGGAGCGACCUAAACAGGAAGCCUGGUUAUUCCCAGCUGCCAGCUCUGAGACUCCCUCUUUUCUGCAACAGACAGGAGCGACUUUGGGCUGGAUAAUCGUCAGAUUCUUACCUCGCCCUUUCAUGGCUAGCCGGAUCAGAUUGCAUUUCCUUCAUUAUCCUCCACUCCCAGUUUCUUGAUCUGUUUAAAAGAAGAAGUAGAAAAGACAAAUCCUCUAUUCAAUGCCUGGAAGGGAAAACACAAUUACCUCAACUCCGCUUUGAAAAAAUCUUUCCAAGAACUUUCUUCAGAGAUUUUACACGUAGCCACAGAAUCUACUUGAAGAACUUUAAUGACAUUUAAACUACUAUUUGGAUCCUGUCUCUAUUAGAGAUGAUUCAUACAAUGAAGAAAGAACAGAUUUUGGGGGCUUCUGUAUGUCUGCUGCUUACCUGUGCUUCUGUCCAUCUUAAUGCUGUCCCUGAGGAAGGUGAAGAACAUUUAAACAUUACAGAUGCUGAACUGCCACCACUGAAACUUGUACAUUCAUUUUGUGCAUUUAAAGCAGAUGAUGGCCCAUGCAAAGCAAUGCUGAAGAGAUUUUUUUUCAAUGUUCACACUCAACAGUGUGAAGAAUUUAUAUAUGGGGGAUGUGAAGGAAAUCAGAAUCGAUUUGAAAGUCUGGAAGAGUGCAAAGAAAAAUGUAUAAGAGAUUACCCAAAGACUGUACAGGAAAAGGCAACAUUGCAAAAAGAAAAGCCAGAUUUCUGCUUUUUGGAAGAAGAUGCUGGAAUCUGUCGAGGUUAUAUUACCAGGUAUUUUUAUAACAAUCAGUCAAGGCAGUGUGAGCAUUUCAAGUAUGGUGGGUGCCUUGGUAAUCAAAACAACUUUGAAUCAUUGGAAGACUGCCAGAACACCUGUGAGGAUACAUUGAAUGGUUUCCAGGUGGAGGAUUACAGAACCCAGCUCGAUCAUGUGAAUAAUGACUCCUUGACUCCCCGGCCUACUAAGCUUCCCAGCUUUUUGGAAUUUUAUGGCCCCUCCUGGUGUCUGACCCCCGCAGACAGAGGAUUGUGUCAAGCCAACGAGACCAGAUUCUACUACAAUGCUAUUAUCGGGAAGUGCCGCCCGUUUAAGUACAGUGGAUGUGGAGGGAACGAAAACAAUUUUACUUCUAAAAAGUCAUGUCACAGGGCUUGUCAAAAAGGUUUCAUCCAAAGAAUAUCAAAAGAAGGGUUAAUUAAAACCAAAAGAAAAAGAAAGAAGCAGCUAGUGAAAAUAGUAUAUGAAAAGACUUUUGUUAAAAAGAUAUAAAUUUGUUAUAUUAUUACAACAUUAAUUCUACUAAAUAUUUUAGAUGAAGCUUUUCACUAUGAUUCCUAUUUUUUUCUUUCCUAAAAUUCUCUUAAUUAUAUUUUUAUGAAUUUCUUAUGCAUAUAUUACCUGCUAUUAAUACAUUUGCAUCCAUGUUCCUUACCUGAUCUAGUCAAAUUGCUUAUUCUAGAGCUAUAAUUUAUUAACUGACUACUAUGAAUUUACUUAUUCUAUAGAUCGUUUUUUAACUAUUUACCAUUUGACUACAAAUUAUCAAGUUGCUGGCCACAUCAAAUCAGUCAAGUUUUCCCAUUUUGUGAUCAUCUAUUUGAUAACAUAUUGUCAUUUAUUUGUUUUGAUCACAUAUACAAUGAUAUUCUUUAUAUAAUAGCUCAUGCCCAGAUUAAUAAGUACAGCUAUUUAAAAACAAAUACUUUGGGGGUUUCAUAUCUAAAAUGGAGACAAGCACCUUCUUUUGAUAAAGAUCAUUCACUUGUGCAUUUGGAAAGAGCUGUAACAGUAGAAUUCUAUGGUGUGCUUCCCUCCCUAGACAUACUUGAUUUCCUUUUGCACUAACCAACACCUCAAUGGAUCUUGAGCCAAACUGUAUUUGAAUACAGAAGAGUCAAUUCUGUGUCAUAUGCCUGCCUGAUUUUGUUUGAUUUCAGUUUUUUUGUUUGUUUGUUUGCUAGUGGUUCGUUAUAUCAAUUAAGAUGGUUGAAUAAUGGUGUGUUAAAUGCAGAUCACGAUAAGAAGGGACUUGGUGGGAAAGGGAAGUUUUUAAUGGCAAUCUAAAGGAAAUUCUGUUUAUGAACUUCCUAAUUUCAUUGUUUGACAAAAUUUUCUCUUACUAAAAAUAGCAAGAAUAAAAAAAAAAAAAAACAAGAAUAUUUAAACCUCCUGAAACCUAUUCAUCUGUCAUUAGGCUUUACACACAAUGCAACCAGCAAUUCAUACAUAAAAGAAAAAAAAACAAAAUACAUGUUAUUUCUGUAGAAGAGAAAAUUAUCAGGAUGGAAGGUUAUUCUAGAAAAUUCACGCACUGUUUAUUCUCAGGGUUUUAACCAGCAUUUUUCUGGAGUAAAUUCGCUGUAACCAGAUCUAUACCUUUCUUUCUCUGCUAAGCCAUGUGCAGUCUGGCAUCACAACAGCCUCCUAGAUGUUUCAGUGUCUAUACUGUUCACAUCAAAUUUCACAUUUAAAUUUGAACUUGUCAUCUAGAAACAACUACUUAAUCCAUUUACCUUAGUUUAAUAACUACUUCCUAGCAACAGUGUUAUAUUCUACCUGCUCCUUAGGCUUGAAAGUUUGAACCCAAUUUUGAGUUCUUAUUUUCCCUCAUACACUGUAUCUGAUCAGUCUCCAAACACUACUGCAUACUUUUUCAUAAAGUUCAUCCAACUCCCCAGCUUUUUACCUCUACUGCAUUCUUCAGUAUUAAUAAUUCUUCAGUAUUAAUAAUUCCUAAGAAUUAAUUCAGUAUAUUUCUCCACCACUCAAAAUUCUUCAAGGACUCAAUUUUUGGUACUUAACCCCACCCCACUCCCCACAAUUUAAUUUUGAUAUAUAUAUAUUUUUGGACUUACCUACACUACUUUCUUUCAUGACUGCUUCAAUUUAGCUAAAGGGUAUUCACAAUUCACUGAAUGCAUCUUUAAUUACUUAGCGUAUUCAUGCUGUUUUCCUUUUUAAAAAGCUCAUCCCCUCCAAACCAUUCAUUCAUCUGAAGUCAGAGUCAAGCUGAUGUGAGCUAAAAUCACUAUGUUUUGAGACAGAAUAUGAAAAGUCCUAACAUACAAUUACACAUCAUUUUCAUCCUAUGGCAUGAACAUUAUAUCAUUACAAACAGUAUCAAUUUGUUCACUUAAGAAAAAUUUUAUAUCUUGAUUUCAAAUAUGCAGUCAUAAGUAACUGCCUUAAACUGGGUCUAUGCUGUGGAAUUUGAGACUUUUGAAAAUCAAAAUCCCUUGUGAACUGUGUUCUGUUGUCAUUUAUACACGCAUAGCUUUAAAAAAAAGGUAAAGUCUUCUUAGAUCAAGUAGCAAGUGCUUGGGACAUAUAAACAGCACAUUGGUGAGUUUACCAAUUGUUUUCUCAAACAACCAUUCAAGGGUUCAUUACUUAAAUAAGAUAUAUACUGAGAUGGUUUGCAAUGUUUAAUGCAUGUGAAUGUUAUUUUCACUGUGUUUUUAAAUAAGAAGCCCUCUGGUGGUAUUGUCUUGCUUUGUUUUGCAUAUUCAAAUGCAUCUAAAUGUAACUGUAGAUAGAUUUGCAUUAUAUAGCAUGUACAUGUAUUUACCUACUUUGUUUAGUCUCUGUUCAGAAUUAAAAGUCAUGCUGAAAACUGCUCAAAUGAUUUUAUUUUUUACAUUAUAAGAAAUAAAAUGUAUUACUUGAAUAAUAAACUAUAAUUGUUGUA